AUGCCCGGUCAAACAUUGCCCGUCGACUUGAAGCAAUUCAAACAGUUGAAGCUCGAUCCUAAGAACACAAGUCUCACCGCUGAACAAAAGCAAGAUCUCUUGCAUAACAUCAACAUCUUCAGAGAUGCAAUCAUUGCUUUCACCGCGACGGGUGCCGCCCGCGGCGUCUCCGGCCACACAGGAGGACCCUUCGACACAGCACCCGAAGUCUGCAUUCUACUCGCCUUCAUCAAUGCCAACCCCAAUGGAUUCGUCGACGCUCUAUUCGACGAGGCCGGUCACCGUGUCGCCACACAAUACCUUCUCGCAGCCUUAGACGGCAAGAUCGAGCCCGACCAUCUUCUCAACUACCGUGACGCCAACUCCAAGCUCCCCGGUCACCCCGAACUCGGUCUGACACCCGGCGUGAAGUUCAGUUCCGGUCGUCUCGGCCACAUGUGGGGCAUGGUUAAUGGUAUUGCAAUGGCCAACAAAGAUAAGAAUGUCCUUAUGUUGGGCUCCGACGGAUCCCAGCAAGAAGGAAAUGAUGCCGAGGCGGCUCGCAUUGCGGUCGCAAGGAACUUGAAUGUCAAGUUGUUUGUUGAUAAUAACGACGUGACCAUUGCUGGACACCCAUCGCAGUACCUGAAGGGAUACGAUGUCGCUAGCACCCUCGCUGGUCAUGGCCUGCAUGUUGUGCGGGCUAAGGGUGAGGAGGUGGAUUCAUUGUACGGUGCCAUGUGCGAGGUCAUUACUCGCAAGGGCCCUGCCGCUGUGGUUGUAGACCGAACAAUGGCUGCUGGAAUCGAGGGCAUUGAGGGUGAAACUCAUGCCCACGAUGUCAUUACUGUCGAUAUCGCCCGCAAGUACUUGACCAAGCGCGGUUACAGCAAGGAGCAGCUUGCUUUCUACGAUGAUAUCAAGGGUCGUUCCAACCCACACCAGUACCAGGGCUCUACCAAGGAUAAGGGCGCCAAUCGCUCUAUCUUCGGUGAGGCCGUCAAUGGAAUCCUCGAUCAUCUGAGCAAGGAGGAAGCCGAGCGCCGUGUUAUGGUUAUUGACUCUGAUCUUGCGGGAUCCACUGGAUUGAAGGCCAUUCAGUCCAAGCACCCAGAAGUCUUCGUUCCCUCCGGAGUGAUGGAGCGUGGCAACUUCUCCGCUGCUGCUGGCUUCGGGUUCGGUAGCAAGGGCGAGCGUCAAGGAGUCUUCUCUACCUUCUCUGCCUUCCUGGAAAUGUGCAUUUCAGAAAUCACCAUGGCCCGCCUGAACAACUGCACCGUUCUCUCUCACUUCUCGCACAGUGGUGUCGAUGAGAUGGCCGAUAACACAUGCCACUUCGGUUUGAACCACUUCUUCGCCGAUAACGGCUUGAUGGAUGCGGCGACCACCUCGCUGUAUUUCCCUGCCGACGGUGACCAAAUGACAGCCGUGGUGAACGAAGUCUUCUGGAACCCCGGCAUGCGUUUCAUCUUCUCCACCCGCUCAAAAGUCCCUUAUAUCCUCAAGGAAGGAACUGAUGAGAAGCUCUACGGUCCGGGAUACAAGUUCCUUCCCGGUAAGGAGGAGACAAUUCGCACGGGAACUGCGGGAUACAUUGUUUCGUACGGUGACAUGCUCUACCGAUCCCUUGAUGCCGUUGAGCGUCUGCGCCAAUCCGGCCUUGACGUUGGUUUGAUCAACAAGCCUACUCUCAAUGCUGUUGAUGAGGAUGCCAUCCAGCACUAUGGAUCUACUCCCUUCGUUCUUGUUGUUGAGUCUAUUGCUCAGAAGACCGGCCUUGGCUCGCGCUUGGGAACUCAUCUUCUGGAACGCAAUCUGACUCCCAAGUUCAAGGCCAUCGGUGCCGUCAGGGAAGGUAGUGGUGGACUGUUUGAGCAGAUCUAUGCUCAGGGACUUGGUCCAGAUGAUAUUGCUGCGGCUGUGAAGAGCCUCGCUGGCAAAUAG